AUGCAGGGAGAUAACGCAGAAACGCAACAAAACUCACAGAGAUCAUUCCCAAUGGGAUUUGGUGUAGAUAAAGCGAUGCAAAACCCAGCUGUUGUGAAUUCACCAUGGUUUAAAAAAGCGUAUGACAAUGCGUUGGAAUUUUACGAGAAGGACAAAGUAUUGGAUCCUAAGGAUCGAUUGGAACUAUCUAAGACCUAUCUUUCAGUAGCAAGGGCCCAAUUAUGGUCUGGGUGGGGUGCAUUUGCAAUAGUUACUGGUAUUCCUUUCGUUAAUCAAUACAUGAAAACUGGAGCUAUAAAAGGGACAAAAGUUACUAGAGCUUUUGCUCUAGGAUUCUUAUCUAUGUUUAUUGGCACACAAGCUGGUGGCUCCUUGGCGUACAAAUCUAAACUUAAGGCUGCUAAACCAGACAUACUGGAAGAUGAUCCGCAUUUGCCAAAAAGUAGUCGACAGAAGCAGUACGAAAUUCUAAAGCUAUUAAACAUGGGAAUGCCUACCAGAUGGGCGAACUAUUAUUACAUGACAUAUAAGAAUCCAGAAAGAAGAAUUCCUGAUCCCAGACUUGUAAUGGACAAAUUGAAGGAAGGCAAUUCUGGCGUGAGAAACUCCUCAGUUUUAUUCGACAACAAGGACCCAAUGGGGCUAUAUACAGGACCUCAAUACGAUAAGAAGGAAGGUGUGCCAAAGACUGGUGUCUCUCAAACUACCCCACCUUCUCAGGUGACUCCGAGGGAUGAUUAUGAUCCAUUCAAUGACACAGAGACACAGGAACCCACUCUGUCAUCGUGGGACAAAAUUAGAAAGGAGAACACCGCUGUAGACACAAAGAAUGGUAAAUCAUGGGAAGAAAUUAGAAAACAUGAUUAUGAUAACAGCGAUACCAAUUAUAAAUAA